CUGCGUUUACCUCCUCUUUGCUCCCACUCCAGUACUGGACUCCCAAACGUACACUGAUACACACCGUGCAUCCGGCACUAUGAAGGCUGUCCUGGCUCUGCUGAUGUUGGUGUGCCUGGCCUGCCACAGUCACGCACUGAAGUGUCACUCAUGCGUAGCGUCCAAUGAGGAUGAUUGUACUAAACAAGGAUCCACCACCUGCCCUCAAUUCGCUGACGCCUGCUCCACCAUCACAGGACAUAACACGGUGAUGAAGUCAUGCUCCUACAAAGCGUUCUGUGAUAAGGCCCACAGUGGCAACUCUGGAGCCAAGAUGGAGUGUUGUUUCACUGAUGACUGCAAUGGGCCUCAUAAGGGCCACCAGCACGGGGAGCACAAAAACACAGCUGAGGCCCUGGGAGCCAGCCCUGUUCUGCUACUUGGGGCUCUGAUGCUCCGCAUGGCCCUCAGCAGGUUCUAAACUCCUGAUCAUAAAUAGAUUCAUCCCUUUACUAUCCAUGUAUCCAUUUAUUCAUUCUUUCAUACAGCCCUACCACAAAACCAUUUAUCCAUCCAUCCCCUCGGAGUGAGUCUGCAGAAUGCUGAUGAGCCAGGGUUUGGUGAAUCACACAGGGAUUAGUAAGAGUGUGUGUGAUGCCUGUGGUGGGGGUCAUAAAAGCACAUUCAACCAAGUUUAAAGACAGAUGGAACUGAUGUAUCACUCUAUAUGAGUUAGCUCUGUCACUAAUGCAGAUGUGUGUCCAUAACCAGUCAUAUAUACAAACUGAGAUGUUUGAUAUGAUAAGAGAGAGGAUGGAACUCCUGUAGUGUCAGUAGACUCUGGGUGGAUGUGAGCCAGGCUGGGGUUAGAGCUUUAUACCUGGGGCAGAUCUAAAAUGUCACCCAUGGUAGCCUGUGUGUAUGUAUGACAUUGUUGGUUAGUGCUGGACUCACAGUAGGCCUAGUGUUAGGCUCGUUCCCACAGUGACCACAUACAUUAGGGCACUCUUCAGCCUUCAGACUCCAAUCAUCAUGAAUUAAACAGAAACUCCACACUGAGAGACAUGUUGGUACUUCUUCCAUUGUUCAUAUUGUUAUGCUUCAAUACUUAUUUAUAAAUAAACAUGCUAUUA